CCCCGACGUUAUUUUUACAGGAUUCGAAUCCUGAGAAUCUCUUGUGUUUGUAUUCUUUUUGAUCUCUCUUUCCACGAAUAACAAAUGCCUCUCUAAAAAAAAGUGAAUUAAAAAAAACAUUCCUAAUGUUUCAUUAGGUACACGUACUUCUCAGCAACGCCACAAUCAAUCAAAGUAAAUGUUAGCCCAAAAUCAAUUUGGGUCAAAACAAGCACAAAUACUCCGAAAGCAAAUUCAUGGGUGCUGCUUAUUCCUCUUGCUCCACUCACUCCCUCACUUUUUCCUCUCAGACCCUUUUCUCCUUUCCUACUAUCACCACAAAAGCGUCAUCAAAAUCCAAUCUUGAAUCAAAGUUCAACACAUUUUUGUACCCAACAAACAAAAUCUUCAAUACCCAUUUGGCAAAACCAAUAAAAACCAUGGCACAGACCUCUUUUCCUUGUUCAGGUUUGGCUGUGAAGUGUGGGAAAGUUGAGGAGGUGGAGACUCAGGAAGAGGGGUGUUUGAGAAAACAACCGCCCAUGUUUGAUUAUCAUGGUAUUGAUCAGGAUUUGAUUCAGGAGAUGGUUUAUGAUUCUCUUGUUUGGAGCUCUCUCCAUGGCCUUGUUGUUGGUGACAAGUCUGCUCAGAGAUCAGGAAAAGUGCCUGGUGUAGGCUUGGUACAUGCUCCAUUUGCCUUAUUGCCCGUGCCAUUCCCAGAAAGUCAUUGGACUCAAGCGUGUGAGUUGGCCCCUAUAUUCAGUGAACUUGUUGAUCGAGUAAGUUUGGAUGGAAAAUUUCUACAGGACUCAUUGUCCAGAACUAAGAAAGCAGAUUCUUUUACCUCUAGACUUUUAGAUAUUCAUUCCAAGAUGCUAGAGAUUAACAAGAAAGAGGAAAUACGCUUGGGUUUACAUCGCUCAGAUUAUAUGCUUGAUGAACAAACGAAAUUGCUCCUCCAAAUAGAGCUGAAUACAAUUUCAUCUUCAUUCCCUGGCCUCAGUUGUCUUGUCAAUGAGCUCCAAAGAAGCUUACUUAAUCAACAUGGUGAAGACCUUGGAUUAGAUUCUAAAAGGAUUCCUAGCAACUCGGCUGUUAGUCACUUUGUGGAGGCAUUUGCUAAAGCCUGGAAUGAAUAUAAUAACCCAAGGGCUAUAGUUAUGUUUGUGGUUCAGGCUGAAGAACGUAACAUGUAUGAUCAACAUUGGCUUUCUGCCGUUCUUAAUGAAAGACAUAACAUUAAAACUAUUCGGAAAACAUUGGCAGAAAUUGAUGCAGAAGGAGAACUUUUACCGGAUGGAACACUUCUUGUGGGUGGCAAAGCAAUUGCAGUUGUUUAUUUUAGAGCUGGAUAUGCACCAAAUGAUUAUCCCUCAGAAUCAGAAUGGAGAGCUAGGCUACUUAUGGAGCAGUCAUCUGCCAUCAAGUGCCCAUCAAUAUCUUAUCAUUUAGCAGGAACCAAGAAGAUUCAACAAGAACUUGCAAAACCCAAUGUACUUGAGAGGUUUCUUGACAAUAAAGAGGACAUUGCCAAACUGCGGGAAUGCUUUGCUGGUUUGUGGAGUUUGGAUGACUCAGAUAUUGUCGAAAAGGCAAUUGAAAAGCCUGAGCUGUUUGUUAUGAAACCCCAAAGAGAAGGCGGAGGUAACAAUAUCUAUGGUGUUGAUGUGAGGGAAACCCUCCAAAGAUUGCAGAAGGAAGGGACCGAUGGAAAUGCAGCUUACAUUCUAAUGCAAAGGAUAUUCCCAACUGUUUUCCCCACAUUUUUGAUGCGUGAUGGCAUUUGUCAUAAAGACCAUGCCAUAUCAGAACUUGGGAUCUAUGGUGCUUACUUGAGGAACAAGGACAAGGUGAUCAUGAAUGACCAGUGUGGUUUCUUGAUGCGGACAAAGAUAUCUUCAUCGGAUGAAGGUGGUGUCGCAGCAGGAUUUGCAGUCUUAGAUAGUAUAUAUUUGACUUGAUGGAGCUGGCCUAUAAGUUUUCAACUCAAAUAAACCAAGAGAACUUGUCAUUGAUUUUAUACGCUUGUUAGCAUGCAACACUUAUCACAAAAUUCCAUGAUCUUGAUAUUUGACAAUGCUCA